AUGGACAUCUGUAUCUGUGCUGCUGAUAUGAAAGCAAGUGCCGGUCGGCAGAGAGCGCGGAGAGACGCAGAACGCAGCCAGCUCCUCCAGGGCCCUGCAGGCCCUCCGCCCCCGGGCCGGCGGGUGAACUGGGGGGCCCUGGGACAGACCUACCCUGUGCUAUGCAGAUACCGGAGGCCUCUGCUGCGGCUGCCCACUGGCUGUGCCCAGGCCUUGAAGCCGCAGCGAACCUCUCUUCCCCACCCCACCUCGGUGACUGAUGGCGGCGGCGGCCUCUCCCAGCCCGGACUCGGCCGGCCGCCGGGUCUUCCGGCCCAAGCCUGCCGGGCCUCAAUGAAACCCCGGCAGAGCCGCCGGGACGCAGCGCCUUUGGGCGGCGGCGGGCGUGACGGGCCGGGAAGCAUGGCGGCCGCUGGAACGCCGCGGGCGGAGGCCAUUAGGGCGUGUAGGGCCCUGGAAGGCGGCCUAAGGACGCAGGCAGGCUCGGCUGCCUCUUUAGGCCACAGAGCCGCGCAGAUCCGGUUCCCGGGUGACCACUCUGUCACCAUUGGGCGAGACCUACCUAGUCCUGACGACAACGGACAAAGGCCUUAACGGGCCUGGGAGGUGAGCGAAGUCCCGAACGACGGCAGGUGGAACGAUUAGCGGCCAUCGGGCAGUUGGCCUUCGUUCUGCCAGACUUUGCUGUCUGGCAGAGAAGAGAGAAAUGGUAGAAGACAGGCCACGUUUGGCCCUUUGUAAAUGCCCACCACCCUCUGGGAAGAUUUACUGGUCGAUUAUGGAAGGCUUGCGUAUAUAAUGUGAAAAAGCUGCUCUCAACUCCACCCCAACCUCUUAAUAGAAAACAUUUGUCACAUCUAGCCCUUUUAGAUGGAAAGAGGUUGCCGACGUAUGAUAGAGUUAGAAAGUCACACAUCUUGUAAAUUCUCAUUUGUUUAAAAGAAAUCAUAGAAAAUACAUGUCUUCUGGAGAUGAAGAUCUUCUGGAGACGUGACUUUUGGAAAUGAAGUUGUUAGACGGCCUCUGGAAGCGAUACGUCCACGUUUGUUAAGUGGGUUAGAUGACACGGAGCUGGAAGACGUGAGAAGGAAGAGAAGAAGGUUCUAUGCUAGACUGGUCAUAUUUAAAAGACAUUUUCAUAUUCUAUCCAUUGUUUUGUGUGCAUUUUAUUCCUCACUAUUGUGUAUAUAGUUGACAAUGCUAAGAUUUUUUGAAAUGUCUGUUCUUUUUAGAUGUUCUGAAGUGCCUGAUAUAUGUUAAAAUUAGAGGUAGCAAAAUAACAUUUUGUAAAUAUCUUUUUGUUACAAUUCAUAUUUUUGGGGGGGAAUGACCGAAUCACCUGUUGAGUAAUACUCAUUGUGUUUGUGCAGUGGUUCAGAGGAAGAGAGAGGAGGGGGAGGUGCAGAGAGUUCUAUGCCAUCCUGCUUACAGCGAGGCAAGAUGAAUCAUUAUCUCUGCAUUUUGUUUUGCUUAUCUGUGUAUAUAGUGUACAUAAAGGACAGACGAGUCCUAAUUGACAACAUCUAGUCUUUCUGGAUGUUAAAGAGGUUGCCAGUGUGACAAAAGUAGAGUUUAAACUAAUAUAUUUUGUACAUUUUGUUUUACAAGUCCUAGGAAAGAUUGUCUUCUGAAAAUUCAAUGUCUUCUGAGUUGAUGGAGAUGGGAAGGGUUCUAGGCCAGAAUGUUCACAUUUGGAAGACUCUUUCAAAUUAUAACUGUUGUUACAUGUUUGCAGUUUAUUCAAGACUGCUAUGUACAUAGUGGACAAAUUAACUCCUUAAUUGAAACAUCUAGUCUGUCUAGAUGUUUAGAAGUGCCCGUUGUAUGUUAAAUGUAGAGGUAGUAAAAUACCACUUUGUAAAGAUCUUUUUGCUAACAUUCAUAGGAAAUACUUUUGGAAAUUGAAUUGCGAAGCUACCUUUGUAAGCAGUAUAGUAAUGUCUAUACUUGUUCAGUGGUUUAGAGGAGGUGGGAGGGAAGAAAUUGCAAAAGGUAAUUUACCUUUUAUAUUUUAUACUAGUGUGUUCAUACUUGGACAUUUUCAGACAACAUUUUUCUGUAUAUUUUGUGCAUUUUGUUUUGCUCUGUAUAUAGCGUAUAUAAUGGACAAAUAGUCCUAAUUUUUCAACAUCUAGUCUCUAGAUGUUAAAGAGGUUGCCAGUGUAUGACAAAGUAGUAAAAUUAGCAUAUUUUGUAUGCUUUGUGUUGAAAUUCAUAGGAAGACUUGUCUUCUGUAAAUGACUUUUGCAUAGGAAUUUGUUCAGCCAUCUCUAAGCAUUACAUGUUCCUGUACUUGUCCCCUGGAUUGAAGGCAGAGAAGGAAGGGAGGAGGGAAUGAUUCAAGGCCAAAAUGGCCACAUUUAGAAGAUACCUUAGAUGAUAACCAUUGUUAUGUGUGUGCAAUUUUAUUUAACAGUGCUGUGUAUGUGGUGGACAAGUUAUAUGAAAUAUCUAAGUCUUUCUAGAUAUUUGGAAGGAAGUGCUUGAUGUAUUUAAAAGUGGUAGUAGAAUAACACUUUCUGUAAAUAGCUUUUAAAAACUGAUGGGAAAUGUUGUUUGGAAGUGGAAUUGUUGAACCACCUGGGAGGUGGGAGGGAAGAAAUUGCAAAAGGUGUUUUGCCGUUGUUUAUUAGAAAAUUUCAGCUUAAUCCAUUGCCUGUAUGUUACAUGCAUUUCAUUUAACUUUGCUGUACUGUAUAUAUUGUGUAUAUACUGGACAAAUGAGUCCCGAUUUUGUAAUAUCUAGUCUCUAGAUAUUAAAGAGGUUGCCAAUGUAAAAACAAAACAAACAAACAAAAAAAAUUGGAAAGCAAAUCACCUAAACGUUAGAGGGAAAAAAACCAGAGUUGCCUAAGAAAUCUUAUCGCAGUGUUCAAUGUCAGAUGACAGUGCUAGAAUGUGUCUAUAGACUUUUGAGGGAAAAAAAUACGAACUCCAGAUUUUAUAUCAGCCAGAUAAUUUACAUACAUAAACAUAGCAGAAUGAGAUUCACUAAUGAACAAAAACUAAGUGAAGAUGGAAUUUAUGAGUAUGUGUGUAAAAAUUGGUUGAUAAUGAAGCCAGUCAAAAAAAUGAAAUGCAUGAAAUAAAAACAUCGGGAAGGAAGAAGCUGUAAUUGAUAGUGGGCAUGAAAUUCAUUCAAAUGUAGAACUAAUGUACCUGAGACAGAGUAGGAAAUAGAAGGUAAAUAUUAACGAUAGUAACAAUGUAAGAAUGAUGGUAAAUAUUUUAGAAGUUAAUUUGUGAAGGAAGUAGGAAAAAUUUAAGAGCACAAACUUUUUAAUCUGUCAUAGGAAGAAAUAAUGAUAUACUUUCUAAAAUUCAUAAAUAAAAAACAUUUCUUUAGAAAUAAA